AUCUCAUCUUCUUCUACAUUAUCCAUCACUCUCUCUCUGUGCCUCACUCUGUGAGUGAAAACCAAAAACCCCCAAAUCAAAUCUAACGAAAACCCUAGCUACCUUCACCCACUCUCAUGCUAGUUUCCUCCUUCAAUUCCACCUCCAAUGCCCAUUUUCCCCCAAUUCAAUUCGCAUAGUACACAUCUCGAUUCAUCGAUCUUCCAAUUCCUCCCAGAUUUGCCGCCAUGGUUAAGCCGGAGCAGGAACCCGAUCAGGCGCGGAAGGUUUCCGUGGUGAAUGGUCACAUCGUUUACACGCGAUCCAAGCGGGCGCUCGAAUUGUGUAACGGAUUAUCCGAGGACGCGGAGUCCAAGAGGAUUAAGGCGAGUGCGGUGAAAACGGAUUGCGAUGCCGUGGAGGUGAAGAGCGAGGAUGUGGAGGUUGCGGUGAGGCCGCCUCGGCGGCGGACGCGAUCGGCGUUUAAGGUGAGUGUUGUUGAGUCUGUUGAGAGGGUGGAGAGUGAGUUGGAACAAGGUGGGGCGAGUGGUGUAGGUGAUGGUGGAAUUGAUGGUGCAUUGGUGGGUACCGGGGGCAAGAUGGAGUUGAAGAUGUCGAAGAAGAUUGUGGUUAGCAGGAAGCCUACGACUGUGAAGGAGCUUUUCGAUACAGGAUUGCUUGAUGGUGUCUCUGUGGUUUACAUGGGCGGCAUUAAGAAGACGUCAGGUUUACGGGGUGUUAUUAGAGAUGGGGGAAUAUUGUGCUCGUGCAGUCUGUGCAAUGGACGCAGGGUUAUUCCACCUUCCCAAUUUGAGAUCCAUGCUUGCAAACAAUAUAGGAGAGCAGCACAGUAUAUUUGCCUAGAAAAUGGGAAGAGCCUGCUUGAUCUAUUAGGAGCAUGCAAGGCAGCACCCCUGCAUACUUUGGAGACAGCAGUUCAAAAUUUUGUUGGUUCUCCAGCUGAAGAAAAAUAUUUUACCUGUAAAAGGUGCAAAGGGUGUUUCCCUUCUUCGUGUGUGGAAAGAGUGGGGCCUAUUUGCAGUUCUUGUGUGGAAUCAAAGAAAUCUGAAGAAAGUUCAAAAAAUGUCGUUGGCAAAAGAGUCCGGUCUCCUCGACCAGUACCGCUCUCCAAUCCAUCCUGUACUCCUGAUCUGUCUAUCUCCUCUCAAAGUAAGGGACACUGGAAGAAAAGAACAAAGUCAUCAAAAAGGGUUAGCAGCUCAAAUUCUUCCAAGAGUGCUUCUGUACCUAUUCUACCCCGGAAGAAAAUUUUGACAAAGAUGAAAAAAAGGUCUAUGUCGGUAAAGUUGAAGGCCCCGAAAGUUAGUUCAAAUUCAAAAUGUUUAUCUUCACAAAAUAAGAUUCAGUGGAAAAUAACUAAGAAGGAUCAGAGGUUGCAUAAGUUAGUUUUUGAGGAAGAUGGAUUGCCUGAUGGAACUGAAGUAGCUUAUUAUGCACGCGGAAAGAGAUUGCUUGAAGGCUACAAAAUGGGUUCUGGAAUUGUUUGUCGAUGCUGCAACACUGUGGUCAGCCCCUCACAAUUUGAGGUCCAUGCGGGUUGGGCUUCUCGCAAGAAACCUUAUGCAUAUAUUUACACUUCAAAUGGGGUGUCUCUCCAUGAGUUUGCAAUAUCUCUCUCAAAAGAUCGAAAGUACUCUGCAAAGGACAAUGAUGAUCUAUGCGUUGUUUGUUGGGAUGGUGGAAACCUGUUGCUUUGUGAUGGAUGCCCAAGAGCAUUUCAUAAAGAAUGUGCAUCUCUAUCAAGUAUUCCACGUGGUGACUGGUACUGUCAAUUUUGCCAAAACAUGUUCCAGAGAGAAAAGUUUGUGGCAUACAAUGCCAAUGCAUGGGCAGCUGGAAGGGUUGAAGGAGUUGAUCCUAUUAACCAGAUAACCAAUAGAUGCAUUCGCAUAGUUAAAGACAUCGAAUCUGAGCUUAGUGGGUGCGCUUUAUGCAGGGGUGUUGACUUCAGCAAAUCCGGCUUUGGUCCUCGCACAAUAAUACUCUGUGACCAGUGUGAAAAGGAGUAUCAUGUUGGCUGUUUGAGAGAUCACAAAAUGGCAUAUUUAAAGGAAUUGCCCAAAGGGAAUUGGCUUUGUUGUAAGGAUUGCACGAGAAUACAUUCUACUCUGGAGAACGUUUUGGUUAAGGGGGCUGAGAGACUCCCUGAAUCCCUCUUGGAUGUUAUAAAACAAAAGCAAGUGGAAAAAGGAUUAGAUCCCAUCAAUGAUAAUGAUGUAAGAUGGAGGCUUCUUAAUGGAAAAAUUGCUUCCCGUGAAACGAGGCCAUUGCUUUUGGAGGCCGUUUCGAUAUUUCAUGAAUGCUUCAAUCCUAUAGUUGACGCAGCUAGUGGACGUGACCUUAUUCCAGCCAUGGUUUAUGGAAGGAAUGUGCGGGGUCAGGAGUUUGGAGGAAUGUAUUGUGCAUUACUAGUAGUCAAUUCAUCUGUGGUAUCUGCGGCCAUGCUUCGAAUUUUCGGCUCAGAUGUAGCUGAACUUCCUUUAGUUGCAACAAGUAACGGGAAUCACGGGAAGGGCUACUUCCAAACACUCUUCUCCUGCAUUGAGAGGCUUUUGGCUUUCAUGAAUGUGAAGAGCCUUGUACUGCCAGCUGCAGAAGAAGCAGAAUCAAUAUGGACCGAUAAAUUUGGGUUUAGCAGGAUGAAGCCAGAUGAGCUUUCCGACUAUAGGAAGAACUUCAAUCAGAUGGUGACAUUCAAAGGGACAAAUAUGCUUCAUAAAUUGGUGCCUCCAUGUCGAAUCAUCAGUAAUCAAGCAUGACAAUUUUUUAUAGGAAUAAAAUUCAAUUAUGAAAGGGGAAAACCCCUAGCUUUCUGGCCUUUUUUUUUAUUCCUUUUCUGCUUGCUUUUUAUGUAUAUAGGCUUUGGGCUAUUUGAAGCCAUUCUUGAACCCGUUCUUGCCAAUUGUUUAAAACAUUUAUAAUUCCAUCUGUUCUGCCUUAAUUAUUUUUAAGAAAACAUAAGUUAUUGAUUGAUCUUGGAUUAGUGCUAUAAUGUAUAAAAUCUGUAAUUUGUCUGA